AUGGGAUCUAUCGGGCCUACAUAUGAAAUCCCUCCCUACGAGCGGCCACCUCCAACCAAGGAGGAUCUUGACUGGGCACCCCUGGUCACGAUUGAUGUUUCCAACUUUGACGAGCCUGGUGAGAAGCAGCGCCUGGCCGCCCAGCUUGAAGAUACUAUUCGCAAUGUAGGAUUCUGGAUUGUGACCGGACAUGGUAUUCCUGAUGAGGAAGUCAAGCGAAUGCUAGCCAUUGGAAACGCAUUUUUCAAGCUUCCCAUGGAGGAGAAAGUCAAAGUUCCCAUUGAUCUUGGUAAUGACCUGAACUGGGGAUACCGUGAGCCGACUCGGGCACUGGGAGACAGCGGAUGGAAAGAGUCUGUGGAGACCUAUGAGCUUCACAAAGAUAUUCCAGCGCUCAAAGAUGUGAAAGAUGCCGAACUGAUCAAGGCGUACAAGAGCGAAUGGGCCCCGUUUAUGAAAAAGAUGUAUGAGCGGAUUGCACGUCCGCUUUACAUACUUAUUGCCAUCCUCCUGGAGCUUCCAGAAGACUACUUUACUUCACGCAUUGAAUGGCAAAAGCGCUCGGAAUGUUGGCUUCGUUUCAUGCUUCAUCCUCCUCGCCCGGAUGAUUACUAUGAGGCCUCGCGCAAGUUUGGGAUCAGCGGACAUAGUGACCAAUCCAGCAUAACAAUGCUGUGGCCGCAGAAUGUAGCAGCACUGCAAAUGCUCACGCAGGAAGGGGAGUGGAAGUGGGUGAAACCAGUCCCUGGUGGUGUCACUAUCAACGCUGGUGAGCUCAUGUCGCAUGUCACCAAGGGCUACGUCAAGGCCACCGUUCACCGCGUCUACACUCCGCCAAAAGACCAGAGAGACUGUGAUCGUCUGGGUCUAAUUUAUUUCUCCCUUUUCAAUGAUGACACGAAAAUUCUUCCAGCUCCGAGCCCCAAGCUCCUGCGGCUUGGUCUUAUUACAGAAGAAGAGAUGGAGCGAGGCAAGAAUCCUCCACCGGAAACGCCGACUAGCGUCGAAUACACUCGGUCUCGCAUGCGCAGCCGGCAUCACAUUACCGAGUUCAAGCAGCGAGAUAGUAACCACAGUUAUGUCUAUAAAGGGCUGGAGGCAAAGAGUAACUACGACUGA